AUGCCUGAGUCUUUGCACCCACUAUCAUUAUUCAUCUCUUCCUUCACUACAACCAAUGGUUCUUUUGAGUUCAGACCCAGAAAAUCUCUCUCCAUUUUCAGAGCAAAAGACCAAAGAAAUUCAGAAAUCAACAAAGACCCACUCCGAAAAAAGCAGAUUCUAAAGCGACUUGAUAAGAACAUGGCACCAACAUUAAAACCAGAUUCUGAAUCUCUUACAACUUUAUUGUUCAGGUCAAUGGUGAGGCUUGUGACAUCUUUUGUUGGUGAGCCAGCCAGGUCAGUCUCAACCGUGCUAUUCUACAGUGGUCUUCUUCCUCACAAUGUCAUUCUUCUCAGAAUGAAAGCAGCAUGUACAAUGUUUACUAAUGGAAAUCCGUAA